AUGACAUACAAUUAUAGUUGUAGGUACGCUCACUCUCAUAGUAACGCAGUGUGGAACAGGGAAUUAGAACUUUCAGCACAGCGAUGGGCCGAUCAGUGCGUUAAACAUGCCGUUCCAGAUAUUCAAGAUACUUGUCGUGAUUUGGGUAAGGUGGCUGUUGGGCAAAAUAUUGCGACUAUACAUGGCAAUGCCCCUGGAUUAACUCCACAAGCCCUCGUCGAUGUAUGGUACAUGGAAUUACUGAAUAUAAAUUCUUCAAUACUGUUUCGAUACGUGCCGUCGUCGGAUAUAGGACAUUCCCAUUACGAUUACUUUACCCAACUCAUGUGGGAGGAGUCAAACCAAGUUGGUUGCGGUGGAGUUAAAUUUAAAGAACGUCUUGAAGAUGCAAGUUCAAAAUACAGAAUAAUAUACAGGCUGGUAUGCAAUUUUGCACCAGCAGGAAACUUAAAAAAUAAAUCGGUUUAUUCUACCGGUGCACCUUGCUCUAGGUGUCCUUUUGAUGGCAUUUGCGAUCCAAUAUACACAGCAUUAUGCUAUAAAGUUUCAGCGUCUGAGGAGUACGUUACAAAUUCUCAGCCUUUGUCUUCUGUUAAACCAGUUAUGGUGCACCCUGAAUUAGCGGAGGCUAAGCAAAAUCAUGAUUCUACUGGUCAUUACUUUUUUCCCGAAGAAGACGAAGAUAACACACAAACUACAGAGUCAUACUAUGAUGAUGUUAAUUUGCCUGUAUCAGACUUAGUAUUGGAGGAUUUAAAAAUGAGUACAGCAACAAAUGACUUUUUAGAUGAAAUUCUUGAAUCUGAUAUUAUAGUUGAAAGUACGACUACACUUGUUACGCUCUCACCGGAUAACAUAAACCUAUACAAAAGUGGAUAUGGUGUGAUGAAAAAGUUUCUACAAAAUAUUGUUGAUAAAUCUCAUACACCCCAAAAUAAUGAAUAG